AUGGGACAUGCUAAUGUGGCUUAUAUUGAUGACAGUUUAUUGCAAUCCAACACUUUUGAAGACUGUGAAAAUAAUAUCAUAGACACAAUUACAUUAUUUGAUCAGUUGGGAUUUACAGUGCAUCCCAAGAAAUCGGUUUUGGUGCCUACACAACAGAUUUCAUUCUUAGGGUUUGUUCUCAAUUCGGUGCAUAUGAUCGUACACCUGACAGAAGAUAAAGCAACCGAUAUAGCUAAGCUGUGUUUGAGGGUUAGAAAUAGACAGACAUUAACUAUUCGAGAAUGGGCACAGCUAGUCGGAAAGUUAGUUGCCUGUGAACCAGGUGUUCAAUAUGGACCAUUACAUGUUAAAGCAUUAGAGAGAUUAAAAGAUACGGAACUUAAAGCGCACCAUGGAAAUUAUGAUAGUGUUAUGACACUGACUACAGACGUGUUGUGGGAAUUGGAUUGGUGGAUUGAUAACAUUUCUUCAAGUUUCAACCCAGUUACUAGGGAAGAUCCGACUUUUAUUAUUACUACUGACAGCUCAGACUAUGGGUGGGGUGCAGUGGUGACAGAUUCUGACUUGUAUACAAGUGGUUUGUGGUCCUAUGGAGAACAGAGAAAUCACAUUAACUUCCUUGAACUUAAAGCUGCUUGGUUAUCCUUGAAGAGUUUUUGUGCGGAUAUGACUGAUGGACAUGUGCGUUUCUUUAUGGAUAAUAUGGUGGCUAUAUCAUAUAUUUCGAAUAUGGGUGGAAAAUGUGAAGGUCUGAACAAUUUAGCAAGGAAAAUAUGGUUUUGGUGUGUUGAGAGAAAUAUCUGGAUUUCAGCCUCUCAUAUACCGGGGGUUGAUAACGUGGAAGCUGACAGGUUAUCUAGGAAAAUGAACUCAGAUUUAGAGUGGCAACUUAGACCGAGUCUGUUUCAAUGUAUCGCGUCAAAAUAUGGGGACAAUUUGAGUAUUGAUAUGUUUGCCUCUCGCAUAAACAUUCAGAUUCCUGUGUAUGUUUCUUAUCUCCCAGAUCCUCAGGCCUUGGCAGUAGAUGCAUUUUCUAUGAAAUGGUCUAAUGAACAUGGAAUUAUAUAUCUCUUUCCUCCGUUUAGUGUGAUAGACAGAGUGCUGCAGAAGUUGGUGGAGGAUCAAGCAACAGCAGUUAUGGUGGCACCCAUUUGGACAACACAGCCGUGGUUCCCGGGAUUAUUGUCACGAAUAACAGGGAACUGUUAUCUUCUUCCACAUGUCAACAAUUCUCUGGUUCAUCCAGCUUUUCCGGACAGACAACACCCUCUCCAGAAAAUGAGAUUGGGGGUAUUUCUCUUAUCAGGGAACAACUCAUUAGUGGAGGAAUUUCAUCACAGGUUGCCAGUCUGGUCAUCGAUUCCUGGAAAGACUCAACGAAGAAACAGUAUGGGUGUUAUUUCAAAAAAUGGAUGCAGUUUUGCUUACAGAGACAAAAUGAUCCACUUAAACCAACUGUGA